AUGGUUUACUCUAAAGCAUUCGUUGCCGCUGCUGCCACCUUCAUGGGCCUCGCCAACGCCCAUAUGGUCAUGGAGAGCCCAAUCCCCUUCAACCCCGAGAACCUCGACAACGGUCCCCUACUCAGAAGCGGAGCUGACUACCCUUGCAAGUUUACCGCGUCCAAGGAGACUGGUGGCAGCUAUCUACCUGGAAAGUUCGACUCCAGCAAGAACGUGUUUGCUAUUGGCGAGAAAAUUCCCCUGACCUUCAAGGGCUCUGCUGUCCACGGAGGCGGAUCCUGCCAGGUCAGUCUUACCACUGACAAGGAGCCAACCAAGAACUCUGAGUUCAAGGUCAUCCACUCUAUCCUUGGAGGCUGCCCUGCCAACGUCGAUGGAAACCUUCCAGAGGACCCUAACGGACAUGGAGCAUCCAAGUUCGAGUUCCAGAUCCCAUCUAGCAUUGCCCCUGGCGAGUACACUCUUGCCUGGACCUGGUUCAACCGCAUCGGAAACCGUGAGAUGUACAUGAACUGUGCCCCCAUCAAAGUCACUGGAGGCUCCAAGAAGCGCUGGGAGCCUACCCCCAAGCGUGACCCACGCAGCUUUACCCCCCUCUCCAAGCGCGCCGAUAUGCCAAACAUCUUCAUCGCCAACGUCGAGCUCAGUAACCAGCCCUACUGUGAAACUGCCGAGGGUAUGGAUGUUAUGUUCCCAGCCAGCGGUGACUCUGUCGAGAAGGCCGGUAUGCCCAACCGCCUCCAAAAGGAGGGUGAUGCUGUCUGCGCCAACAUGGGAGGAAGCUCCCCCAAGGCCGGAUCUGGCGGCAGCGGAAAUGGUGGCAACGGUGGUGACAAGGGAGGCGCUCCAGCUCCAUCUUCGACCUAUGCUCCAACCUCCCCAUCCUCAACCGAAGCUCCAACCUAUGCUCCUGGUCCCACCGGAACUGCUCCAGCCAACAGUGACUCUGGCCCUGGAAACGGCGGUGUCUUCCUUCCAGCUCCAACUGCCAACCCAACUGCUCCCACUGCACCUGUCCCAACCGGUACCGGCAUGCCAACCCCACCCGGCAACGGCACUGCCCAUGCUGGACCAUGCACUGAGGAGGGCAAGUGGAGCUGCUCUGGCACCCAGUACCAACGCUGUGCUAGCGGCCAGUGGACUGUCCUCAUGAACCUCCCCGCUGGAGUAACUUGCGAGUCUCUUCCAGGCAAGCGUGCCCCCAUGCACCGCCGCCGCGGACACUAUCUCCCACUCCGUGUCUAA